GAAAUAGAAUUGACCCCAACCUUGUGGUCUACUCUACGGAAUAAAGACAAGAUGCCUCCUUGGCCACUGUGACCAUUAUGGGGCAGUCUGGUUUACUGACAUAAAGGCCUGUAGUCAGAUGUAGUGUGUGGUUGGGUUUCUCUGAGGUUACGGUCAUGUUCCCAGGGGACGGUGGUGAGGGCCUGAGGCCUGUUUGUUUACCUCGGAAGCCAAGGGGGGCUCCCGCAUGGGGGCUUCUGUUGUUGCACCUGAUACCUGCCUUUUUGAAUCACAUCAUGAGAUGACAUGUCACUAUGAACAAAUGCAACAGUGUCAUCAGAAUCCAUUAUAUUACAUACUGGUUACCAACUAUUUAGCCAACUAUUUAGAUAAUAAGGGACAGAGAUGACAAGAGUUUUGAAGUCCACCUUUUUAAAAUGCCAUAAUGCUGUCAUGUAACACAGUUACACCAAUGAACUCUUCUGCUGUUAAUAUCUUCUAUUCUUUGUUACGAGUGUUGCAUGAUCGCCACCUUCUUGUCAGUUCUGGUCUGUUUGUGUGUGUGGUAGAGUGUGUUUAUGUGAGAGAAAGUGAGAGUGAAUGUGUGUGUCUGUGUAUGGGGGUGUCAGGAGGUCUGGACCGAGAUGGGCAGGGGCAAGGGCAGUGUUUGCAGCUUUAUACACUGAGGAGCACUCUCACAUACACACGCUCACACACACGGUCGCUUGGAGUGGUCAGGCAAUGCAGCAGCAUGCUUCACACUUUCUCACCUCCCCUGCUCCUGCUCGAGCCUUACAGACAUGAUGCUGCAGGAGAGCACUUCACAAGAUUGUUACAGGAGCUAUCAGCAUAAGAGAAGCUGAUGUGCUGCAGUCUGUGCCUCACAUAUUCCCUCUCCUUUUUCAUUGGGAUUUGAGAUAAAGAACUAACUAAAUAUACAUGCGGUAUCGGGAGAUCUCUGGCUGGACCUGUCUCAAGGGGGUUUCCCCAUGUUACCCUCUUGUCUCUCGCUAAUGGACAGACAGAUUUUGACUCUGAACCAAAUAGAAUUUGGCAGAAUAAAUGUGAGUUUGUUCUUUUUAUAUAUAUUGUAGAGAUCUCUUUUUGGGAUCUUGGAAAGUUUGAAAGAUAUCUCUUUUGGGGAAUUUGUGGACUUAAACCAAACCUUUUUGUGGAUAACUUGUUUUGGGAAUCUACUUCAUUAGAUACAAAUGAUGUCAGGCGAAAGGAAUCAAAGGGGGCUCAGAAAGUAGUCGAAUUUGUCAGCAACUGUAUCUAUGCUGCCAAGUAAAACCACUAGAUAAGUGGCAGUAAGAGUUACUGUUCCAGAAUGCUGUGUUCCAGAGGCAUGUUCCAGCAGUUGAGUCUAGUUGUGUUCCUGCUGUGCUCCCCGGUGCCUCUCUACGGAAGACCCAUCGAUGCUCUCACUAACAGAAUGAGGAGGUCAGUGAGCCACGCCCAGUUGAUGCACGACAAGGGCCGGUCUCUGGAGGAGUUCAAGAGACGCCUCUGGCUCCAGGGGCUGCUCGAUAAAGUCCACACAGCCGACAGCGAGCGAGCCCCGCCUCCCCAGAGUAGGAACAACGCCAACGGGGGCCACAUCACCUUCAGCGGGAGCGCCCUACGCCCCCCCAAACCCCCCGGAGGGACCAAGAACCUCCCACUGAGUUUCCAGCUGGGAGGGGAGGUGGGCAACCUCCCCCAGGAGACCAACAAGUCUGUGGCCUACAAGGACCAGCCGCUGAAGGUGUCCACCAAGAGGAAAAAGAAGGUGAAGGGGGAGAGAGGGAGACGGAGGGAGAGCGAGAAGAGGAGGCGGCGGGCUCGCGACACAACCAUCGUCAUGACAUGGGAGACACAUAGGGAGCCACAGAGGACGCUAGAUAUUGGGUGACAGACAGACAGACCACAUCAUGUAGCCUUUGGGCGGUGCUGAACAAAUAACUCUGACAGACAGAGAAGUUCCAGCAUGACUGAAUGAGAUCUCAAAGACUCUCAUCCAAAUAACUGAAACAGUCUCCCCAUACCAUAGUGGACAUUGUUCUUUGCCUUUCUUGUUUUAAUCAGCUGCUUUUUCAAUUUUUUUGCCUUGAUAUAAAGUACUUUUAUAUAUCCAGAGAUCAGAGGUGUUUUCAUACUUUAUAAUAACACAUAUUACUUUUGUAUUCGUAUUUAUUAGGUGAAUAAUAUGCAGAUCUUGAGAUGUGUCAAAUGACAAACUAUGCUUUACUCCUUCUCCUUUAUUAUCCUUUAAUUAGUAAGAAAACGAUGUACGACAGGUGCCUUUCAGGGGCUGAUCACACACUCAUCCAACUAGAUGCCCGUAUGAAAAGUAGAGCGCAGGCUACGCGGUAAACGUUACGCAUAACACAUUUGUUAACUAUACAUACUUCAAUUCACAAAUUAGGGAGGAUUAUUAUUUUUAAUGCUUGGUGGCUCUUGUGAAUAUUUUUUUUUAUCUGUAGUUAGCAUCCAUAACAAAUAUUUCUACCAUAAUUUAUUUCAUUUGAACUGUGUAUUUAUUUUUGUGAAUGUAUUACGGUGCUGCUGACUUUCGGUCAUUUUAUAAUAACAAUAUAAUGCACUUUAGAUAUAAUGGUGAUAUCCUUAUGGUUUUGUUAAGAUACAUAAGUGUUCUCCUUUGUGGUCGAUUUUUGUUGAGAAAAAUGUUCCUUCCUUCCUGUUGAUAAAUGCUUCAUUUUUAUUUGUAUUUAUUUUGUUUUCUUCCAUUUAUAGUAUUGCCCAUUAUCAUCUCAUUGACUUGUAUGUCAUUGGAUUGUUCCAUCAAACUCCCUCUCUCCAAUUAUGGUGCUCUCAGUGCAAGUUUAAGCACUUGCACUGAGAGCACCAUCAUUUCAACAACAACAACAAAAAUCGAACAAUUACAGCUUCAUAAAUACUUUGUGUUCUCUCUCAAAUCAAAUACUGUACCACACCAUUUUCUUAUAUAAAUUAAAUUAUUGCGCCAAUGAGUUGAACAUAGAGUCACUGUAGCCUACCCCCAAUGAGAAAGUCAUCAAUAUAGCCUAUUUGUUGACUAUUCAGCAUGAACAAAAGACCUUAUAAGGUUGUUAAAGUCACACUAGAGGACCAUGUGGUGUGUUUUAACAGUCUCUGACUGAAUGGGCGUGUCCCAAAAUGGCACCCUAUUCCCUAUAUAGUGCACUACUUUUUUAUAUAUAGUGCACUACUUUUGAUCAAAAUUAGUGCACUAUGUAGGGAAUAGGGUGCCAUUUGGGUAAGACACUAUGGACCUGCUGGGAGGGGAGAGAGUAAAUGCACCAGGCAGCAGCGUUAGUACUGUUGCUACAUCCUGUCCUAAGAGCCGGUACUGAGGCCAUUAGCCAGAGCCAGAGUCAUAAACACAGUGGAAUGGCCUGAUAAAGACCCCAUCAGAAGACUGGCGUUCCACACUACUGUGCUGAAGAAAUCAAUGUAACAAUGGAAAAGGCAUUAAUAACUCACUGAGAGAGAGG